GCGCUCUCUCAUGUGCUUGGACGUCAUCCGCGUCCCUCCCUCUCCGUUAUCCCCUCACUCACUCCUCCUUCAGUCUGCUCCUCUCAGUCCGCACUCGUGCCGGCCCGACCUCCUCCUCUGCCCGGCCAGACACCCACAAGGAUCCCGCGGACUGCAGGGGACACAAGUUGGGCAGUUUUUUUUUUUUUUUUUUUUAGCAGGGUCACGACGAGUGAGAGAGACAGAGGUACAGAGAGAGAGGUUCGUUGGGAGGGGAAAAAACUGCCGGUCGCAUUGCAGCAUCUCACAUUUUCUCCCAACUUGUUUUUUUUUUUUUUUUACCCGACAUCAAUGUUUUGAUCAAGAAGAAGAACAAACUUUGUGCUCCAUGGAAAAAUGUAAAAAUCCACCCGGAUACUGAACUCUGGACUCUUAACUGCGCCCUUCUGAGCUCAGUCAGCGGGCUGGGCUCUCUUCACAGGACCGUUAGGUUUUUUUCUUUUUAGCUAGCAAAGCUAGGUGGGGACCAGGUCCACUGUGUGGAAAAAGACCAAAACAUUUUUUUUUCCUUUACUGCAGGCCUCAUUUCUCGCUUCACUACGAGGAGAAACACCAAAGAUGAUGUCUGAGCUGAGCGAAUGGUUCUGGCAGGAGCGGCUCUGGUUUCCAAAGGGCCUGGGCUGGGCUGACCUGGAGGACCGGGAUGGACGAGUAUACGCCAAGGCCCGCGACUUGUGGGUGGCGCUGCCCAUUGCCCUUGUAUUCCUCAUUGUCCGUCAGAUCUUCGAAAGGACGGUGGCAACACCCCUGGCUUCUCUGCUCGGGGUAAAAGAGACGACACGGCUCAAAGCCCCUCACAACCCCGCACUGGAGUCCUACUACUGUAACACUACCAAAAACCCCACACAGACUUCAAUAGCAAGUCUCUGCAAGCAGACUGGAUAUUCAGAAAGACAAGUGCAGCGAUGGUUCCGGAGGAGAAGGAACCAGGACAGGCCGAGUUUGCUCAAAAAGUUUCGAGAAGCCAGUUGGAGAUUUACCUUUUACCUUCUUGCUUUCAUUGCUGGCCUGGCCGCCCUCAUCGAUAAACCUUGGCUGUAUGAACUGAAGGAGAUGUGGGAAGGCUUCCCUGUGCUGACUCUCCUGCCGUCUCAGUAUUGGUACUACAUGAUCGAGCUGGGUUUCUACGGCUCUCUGCUCUUCAGUGUUGCUUCUGAUGUCAAACGCAAAGACUUCAAGGAGCAGAUUGUUCACCAUGUAGCGACCAUCCUCCUCAUCAGCUUCUCCUGGUGUGUUAACUACAUCCGAGCUGGAACUCUCAUCAUGCUGGUUCACGACUCCUCUGAUUACCUCCUCGAGUCUGCAAAGAUGUUCAACUAUGCUGGGUGGCGAAAUGCCUGUAACUACAUCUUUAUAGUGUUUGCUGCGAUCUUCAUUGUCACUCGCCUGGUCAUCUUCCCAUUCAGGAUUAUUUACUGUACAUGGGUUUACCCAGUGACCAUCUAUGAACCUUUCUUCGGCUACUACUUUUUCAACGGACUUUUGAUGGUCCUGCAGUGUCUACAUGUCUUCUGGGCCGUGCUCAUCAUACGUAUAGCGGUUCGCUUCCUCACCAACAAUGAAAAAGUUGACGAUGAGAGGAGUGACAAAGACGAAACAGAUGAAUCAGAAGAGGAGGAGGAAGAGGUUAAAAAGGACAUGAAGAAAAAUGGGCCAGUGCAGAACGGUCACGCAGUCCACAACAACAACCACAGCAAGACCGAGUAAAAGCAAACAAGUGUGGGGACGAAAGAAUGUGAGAAGGACUCAUAUCCCUCAGUGGGGGAGCAGGAGGGAGGGAUGAAAAGAAGGAGAAGAAAGAAGGGUGGGUGUCAGAAAAGGGGGGGGGUCAUUCCGUAAAACAAGGAACAGCAGGUAACUCGAGGACACUGUUACUUUUGCACAACACAGAAACACACACGUUCAUACGUACUUUUAGAGGGCACAGAUGACGUACACUACAUCAAUUGGCAUGGCUGUCUUUGCUUCGUCAUCAGAGAAAAAUAUAUCACUGUCGGUGUGUGAUGUUGGUCCCAGAAUUUCAAAGAGACGGGUGAGAAAAUGGAGAGGAGCAGAGUGUGGAUGAGGGAGGGAGGUGAUGCUGCUUCUACUUUAGCUUUCCGUGUUCUGUGUGCCUUAGAGCCAGAUAAUGGCUGUUGAAACGCCAUGUUAAAGCUCCCUGCUUUAAUCCUCUGUUGCUUUAUGUUGUUGCACCUUUUUUGUUUUCCACUGAAAGAACAAAGGAGAGGGAUUUUUAUGAAAGUGAGACAACAGGGCAUUCAUUUCCCUAAUUUUCUGUCUAUGCAAUAACGUAAAUGUUCAGCUAUUGCAAACGUCUUUGCACAAACAUACAGUCUCUUAUAUACUGUAAGAACCUGCAGGAGGACUGAGUGCCUCUGCUCUCCAAUGCGGCCUGUGCCAUACCAAGUAGACUGCCUUGUCAGGCUUAAGGAGUGAAUAAUUCUUGUUUUUCUUGCUUUGAUUUUAAAUUUGUAAUCCAGCUCAUUAUGUAGAAUUCCUGCUUCCAAUAUAUGUCUGACCUGCAAUGAUUCUCAAUCCUUUGCUGUUUGAGCAGUCAGAAACACCGGAAUAGAAAUCACAGCUUCCUGCUAGCGUUGAAUGUUUUUCCUCUCUGGUUUUGGCUGAAGAUGUUUGAACCAGUCGAGUCUUGAAUCGCCCUGAUGUGAUGGUGCCACCCACUGAAAAACCGAUGACUCUCAAUAAAAUCACUGCGAAGGUGGGUUGCAAUGUGGAAACACGGGAGUGUUGCUAAGUGGAAUGGAAUGGGCGUGGAUCAGCCAUUUCCAGAUUUUAUAAAUAUGAACCAGAUUUGUUCAAUUCACUGCCUUGUAGCCUGGGUUAUGUUUGUUAACCUGGGUUGGACUCAUGAUUUUAGGUGUGAUUCUGUGUAUGAAACGGGUUUACAGGUUUUGCUGUUAGGCAGAUGAAAGAUGUUAUAAUCAAUUUUUAGCAGUUCAGUGUUAUAGUUUUUUUUUAUGUCACGCUUUAAAGUAUUUUGUUACGUCAAGUGCCUUAUCUGUAAUGUAUGGGAAGCUCUCUCUCCUGUCUUCAUGUCCUCUCCUUUCCUCUCCUGUCUCACAUCACAUCCAUCACUCACCUGCCUCCUCUUUAUAGAUCACCUUCCUUUGAAAGUCACCCUCAUUCCACCACCAUGCUCUUUUUUUUUUUUUACUAACCCAGACCAACCAGCAGCCUCUCUUCCCCAGUGAUACAGAAGAAACAGCUGUGUCCUAAUUACAGUGUUAUCAUUUUUUUCUUUUGUAUUUUUUUUUUUGUUUAAUGACUAAGUAUUGUUAUUAAUAAUAAAAGUAAAGAUCAUGAAUCACAAUGAAA